AUGGGUAUUUGUUGCAGUUGUUUCGGGGAUGCACACGACGAUGCAAGCGUAAUGCCCAUCGCAGAUAAUGAGCGGGAAGCUGUGACCUCUUUGCUUGGCUACCUUGAGGACAAAGACCGGUUUGAUUUUUACAGCGGCGGGCCAUUAAAAGCACUCACAACUUUGGUAUACUCAGAUAACCUGAACCUACAACGUAGUGCAGCACUUGCUUUUGCGGAAAUCACCGAAAAAUACGUGCGACCUGUGAACCGCGAAGUGUUGGAGCCCAUUCUAAUUUUGCUGCAGAGCAGCGACUCACAAAUACAGGUCGCUGCUUGUGCGGCUCUGGGGAAUCUGGCUGUCAAUAAUGAGAACAAGAUUUUGAUUGUUGACAUGGGCGGUUUGGAACCUUUAAUCACGCAAAUGUUGAGUAGCAACGUCGAGGUGCAGUGUAAUGCGGUCGGAUGCAUCACAAACUUGGCCACGCAGGACGAUAACAAAGCCAAGAUUGCCACAUCUGGAGCCUUGGUACCCUUAACGAAGCUCGCGAAGUCCAAGAAUAUCCGUGUGCAGAGAAAUGCGACCGGUGCCUUACUAAACAUGACACACUCAGGUGAAAAUAGACGUGAACUUGUCAAUGCAGGUGCAGUACCGGUUUUGGUCUCUCUGUUGUCCUCUGUGGACGCGGAUGUGCAAUACUACUGUACCACUGCUCUUUCGAAUAUUGCGGUUGAUGAAUCCAAUCGUAAAAAGCUUUCUCAAACGGAACCCAGGUUGGUUUCAAAACUUGUUGCCCUCAUGGACUCGCAAUCUGCCCGAGUUAAAUGCCAAGCGACUUUGGCUUUGAGAAAUCUGGCUUCGGAUACCGGCUACCAAUUAGAGAUUGUUCGUGCUGGCGGACUGCCCCAUCUGGCCAAACUUAUCCAGAGCGAUUCUAUGCCGUUGGUGCUGGCCAGUGUGGCGUGUAUUAGAAAUAUUUCUAUUCAUCCGUUGAAUGAAGGGCUAAUUGUGGAUGCUGGCUUCCUCAAACCUUUAGUUAAACUUCUGGAUUUCAAAGCUUCUGAGGAGAUACAAUGUCACGCCGUUUCCACUCUGAGAAACUUGGCCGCAUCUUCUGAGAAAAACAGACAGGAGUUUUUCGAAAGCGGUGCAGUUGAGAAAUGUAAAGAAUUGGCUCUCGAUUCGCCUAUUAGUGUACAGAGCGAGAUAUCGGCAUGUUUUGCCAUUUUAGCUCUUGCUGAUAACUCGAAAAUCGAUCUGUUGGAUUCAAAUAUAUUGGAGGCUCUGAUACCAAUGACUUUCUCUAAGAACCAAGAGGUUUCUGGAAACGCAGCGGCAGCCCUAGCAAACCUGUGCUCAAGGAUCAAUAAUUAUACAAGAAUCGCAGAAUCCUGGAAAACACCGGGAGAUGGUAUUGGUGGGUUCUUGAUAAGAUUUUUGCGCAGUGAAUAUCCUACGUUCGAGCAUAUCGCCCUUUGGACCAUUUUGCAGCUUCUGGAGAGUCACGAUGAAACUGUAUUAAGACUCAUCAAAGACAACAAGGAAAUUAUCAGAAGCAUAAGGCACUUGUCUGACGUAAAUUUUGAAAGUGCACAAAAGGCUUCUGUUGCCAUGAGUUCUCACAAUGGGUCAGGCUCGGCCUCUGAGCAAUUCGAUAACGCAAGUCUCGAACUGUAUAACAUCACGCAGCAAAUCAUUCAAUUUAUAGAUUGA